AUGAGUACUCUUCAAAGAAAUAAGCAUAUAUCUGAUGCAGCAGAUAGUAUUUCAGCUGAUUCAUUCUCUUUUGCUGGCCUUGUUUCUAUUCAAGACCAACAACAUCAAAAUAACCAUGCAGCAUCUAAGCCAAACCCAGAUUUUGAAUUUUCCACUAUUAAAGCAGAAUUAUAUUCUACUGCUGCUAAUCCAUUCAAGAUCACACCUGCUGAUAUGUUGAUUUCUAAUGGACAAAUUAAGCCGCAUGCAAUUGCUUUUCAACCAAACAAAUCUUUCUUCACAAAUCCCCCACUUUCCCUAAGAUCGUUGCUAGAAAUUGAUAUUCAACAGCAUAACAGCAGAGAAACCGGCAGCAGAGCAAGGAAAUAUCAUGAACAACUUGUCAAAGCAAGAAACUAUAAAAACAAGGAAAAAACUGUCACAAAAACAUGGUUUGGCCAGAAAGUAUUCAUGUCUUUCAUAUCACCUUGCAGGAAAUGCGAAGCCCUGCAGCCAGGAUCUGUUAAAGGACAAACUGUUCCACAAGAAAGGUACUAG